AUGGCUCAGUAUAAGCUUCAACUUUGGCCAGGAUAUGAAGCAACAAUUGGCAGGUAUGAAGAUAACAUUUUGUUAUGCGCCGAAAUUUCAACAAAAGUUAUGCGUCAAGAGACAGUAUUGGACUUUUUAAACCAAUGUGCUGCUGAUAGAAACAGAAAUAAAGAUUGGAUGAUGAACUUUAUACGUGGGGUUGUUGGUACUACGGUGAUGACAAAAUACAACAAUGAAACAUACAGAAUUGAUGACAUAGAUGAAAAUUCUGACCCUACAUCUGAAUUCAGUAAAAAAGAUGGAUCUAAAAUUACAUACAUUCAAUAUUACAAAGAAAAUUGGAAUUUGACCAUUCGUACUACCAGGCAACCAAUGUUGAUUUCAAAAAAUAAGAGAUCCAUACGACGAUUUGGGGAAGAAGAUACAUUGAUAUAUCUUGUUCCAGAAUUAUGUGUUAUGACUGGUCUAAAUGAUGCCAUGAGAAAUAAUUUCAAACUUAUGAAAGAUAUGGCCAUACAUACCCGUGUAAAUCCUAAAGGACGCAUGGAACGACUAACAAAUUUUUCAAAUCGCCUUAUUAAAACACCUGACUCUGUAAAUGAAUUGAAAAGAUGGAAUCUGACUUUAAGUAAUAAACUUGUUGAACUAACUGGUCGUACUUUACCUCCGGAACCAAUUCAAAGUCGUACUAACGGGUAUAAUGGCGGUGAAGAAGCAGAUUGGACAAAAAAUUUACGCUCUUUACCAAUGUUCACUUCCGCGAUUAUGAAGCAUUGGGUCAUUUUAGCUCCAAGGGACUGUUGUCGAGAAGUUGAUUUAUUUGCUCAGACUCUAGUAAAGACUGCACAAGGAAUGAAUUUCACACUACCUAAGCCUUCUAUAGUCCCAAUGAAUGAUGGAAAAGCAAAUACAUUUUUAAGCAAUUUGGAACAAGUAAUAAAUGUAUCUAAUCCGGCAUUCAUAUUAUGUGUUAUUCCAUCGGCACGUGGUGAUAUUUAUAGUUUGAUUAAGCGGAAAUUAUGUAUUGAUAGAGCAGUACCAUCCCAAGUAGUAUUGUUGAAAAAUGUGCAAAAAAACGAUUUGUCUAUAUGUACAAAAAUUGCUAUACAGAUAAACUGUAAACUUGGUGGUGCUCCUUGGCUAGUUACCAUUCCUAAAAAAGGAAUGAUGAUAGUUGGUUUCGACGUUUGUCACGAUAGUCAACGCAAAAAUAUAUCAUUCGGAGCUUUAGUAGCAACCAUGAAUGACUUUCAUACAAGUUACUUCAGUUGUGUUGAACCUCAUCAAAGUGGGGAAGAACUUUCAGUUAAUUUUGCUACUGCCAUAACUAAGGCCUUGGCUAAGUAUAGGGCUAAAAAUGGAUCAUUACCUACUUCCAUUAUUGUAUACAGAGAUGGUGUUGGGGAAGGCCAAAUAUCGCAUGUCCAUAAGACUGAAGUUAAACUUUUACAGACUGCUUGUGAACAAGCUUAUGGACCAAAAUCUGUUCCAUUUGCGUUUGUUAUAGUUACAAAACGUAUUAGUGCAAGAUUUUUUGCUCCUUCCAAAAGAGGCAUGGAAAAUCCUCGACCUGGUACAAUUAUUGAUACUGUGGUUACAGACCCAACCAAGUACGAUUUCUUUUUAGUUUCACAACAUGUACGGCAGGGUACUGUCACUCCUACACAUUAUCAAGUGAUUGAAGAUACACUUGGACUUCCCCCUGAUAUAAUGCAAAGACUUACAUUCAAGUUGACUCACAUGUACUACAAUUGGUCGGGUACUGUGCGGGUUCCUGCUCCAUGUCAGUUGGCACACAAAUUGGCUUUCCUUACCGGUCAGACCCUCAGACAUGCUCCUCACACUGGAUUGGACGAGUUGUUAUACUUUUUAUAAUCAUGUAUUCAUUUGAUAUGGC